CAACUAAUGUGCUUCUAGUUUAUCAGUUAUCAGUUAUAAUUCGCGACGGAGGGCAAUCACAACAGCAGAACAGGCACUAUUGAGAAUGAAUACAGGCUAUAUUUACACAUGUAAAUCAAGUAUUUCAGGUGUUUCAAGGGUUAAUGUUGUCUCCUGCUUUAUCUGAUGUUUCCAGUCAUUUAACGAUGAUCGUUCUUAAUAAUCCUUGUUUAAAUAUACAGUUACAGCUUUAAGAAUUACUGCCUUGUAAAACUUUAAUGAAUAAAUCAGUCGCUUAGAUCCCUCCGCCUAAUUGAUAUUCCCAUUCGCCAGCCGGGGCGCUCCCCCUUUUCCUCUUUCAGAAGGGAUCUCCUUCCGCCGCAGUUAGGAAGCCCAAAGCGGCCGCAGCGCGCUGCCUCCAACCAGGCGCUUCUUAUGUAUAACCUGCGUCUGGAGUGAUUCUGCUGUAAAUCUGAGGGGAAAAGGAAAGUACCGAGGAAGUCAACUGGAUUUUUAAAUACCUCCUCCGCCCCAUGUGAGAGAGUGGCAAAGAAUACUGGAAUUUUAAACAGAAACCAUGGGAUCCUUUGGGGUGAUAAUAGGAAUUUUACAUUAUAUGGGACUCUACGUCCAAUUUAGUGCUUCCUCGAGACAAGGUGGACGCGGCGAGAUAGAGAACCGUGUCUCUGGAAACGCAUUUUUCACGGAGGUGCCCCAUGACAUCACAGCACAGAGUGGACAGGACGUGGAGAUGGCCUGCUCCUUCCGGGGAGCAGGCUCACCCUCAUACUCCCUGGAAAUCCAGUGGUGGUACAUCAGGAACUACAGAGACUGGACAGACAACCAGGCCUGGAAUACCAAUCAGGUGGUACCCCAGGAACAGUUCUCAAAGGAUGCUACCAAAAUAAGUGUGGUGAAGGUUGCUGGGAGCAACAUCUCCCACAAGCUGCGGCUGUCCAACGUGAGACCUGCUGAUGAAGGUACCUAUGAGUGCCGGGUCAUCGACUUCAGUGACGGUUCGUCCAGUCACCACCGGGUGCGUGCCUAUCUGCAGGUGGAGUCGGAUCACGCUGCUGUUCUGCACCGCCAUCAGCCCGUGGUCCACUCCGGCAUCCAGGAAACACUGGACACCCAGCCAGCGCACACUGCCCACAAAGGGGCCCGGCAACUGAAGAAGCACUCUGAAGAGAAUCUCACUCGCUGCAGUGAUGGCUGCGUCCUGUAGGGGGCUGACCCCCCAUGACAAAGCAAAGACCGUUUUGUGUACAUUGUGUAACAUAAUGAGAAAAAAACUAGGAGUGCAUGUCUAAUAAGUUUGUAAGUUCUUUAGUCUAUGAGGUAUAGUUGACCAGCUUACCCUGGUCAGCGUUGCUCUCUUAGCGCUUUUUGGUUGUUUCACAUUUAUCUUUUCUGGUUUGGAUGCGUGUAAAGAGGUCAGGUGACCCUCACCGUGUUGUGCGCUGACUGUAUCCAGACAGGCCUGAUAAUUCUGUACAGUGCAUCAAGGAAGGCCUGUUAGUGCAGACAUUCUGUUUUCUAAGUGCUGUGUUUCUCAUUAGUACUGAACUAAAAGUAGACGUGGAUUUAAAAAAAUGGUAUUUUCAUGUUGACUUUUUAUGGACUCGGCUAUUAUUUAUGAAGCUUUGUGAAUGAUUGUUUGAAGGGUUUAUUUCCAUUCUUACGUUUUGCUUUGAUGUUUUGUAAGAUAUGAAUAAAAAAUAUGGUAUAUUUUACAACUUAUUCUAGGAUGUUGAUCUCUAGGAUGUUGUAUGCCUUUAUCAAAUUAAAUAAAUUGUAAAUGAA